CCCUUUGAAGGUGCAUCACAAUGGGAUUACAGGCAUCACUGGACUAGCAUAUGACUGGUAAGAAACCAGCAGCUGCUCAGUCUAUAAUCUACAAUUUGAAAUAAUUUUCAGUUACAUAAAGUGGACAAACACAUUCCACCAUUGUUCUGCUUCCUCGGCAGAUCUUACAUCUUCGGUAACAUUUUAUUGGCUCUGUUCACUAACACACAGAGCUCUACGGUACAGAAGCAGUCCUGGUAUUUAAACAUAUAACCUUCUGGUGCCAAAUACAAUUAAGGGAAAAGAGCAAAACCGGAAACAGGGUAGAUGAACUCACAAAAAGGGACAGAGGUUUGGAACACCGAAGGGGACAGGCACUGUAGACAAGUGCUGUGUAUAUGACCAGCAGGAGGCGAUACAGACUUGACAGCACCUAAUUAUAAUACUGUAGUGUUAGAGAAUCACUGAUAGUCUACAUUAUCAUGGUAUAAGAUGAUGGACACGGACAAAAAUUAUGGAAACAUUCUUCAACCUUGACGAUGGAUAAAUGCUUGUUGACAAAAGCAAAGGAAAAAAACGCAAUAAAAAUAUUUGUGGGGUUUAUUUUGGGACGAGGCUAUAUUUAGGGCGGGAUUCAGAGAAUAGGGCUGAAGCUCAAUUCAAGGAGGCUGAUUUUAACAGACCUCCUGCAAACACAUGCAGGCUUACCCACCCGUAAGUCAGGCCUUAAAAUACACCUUCUUAUCCCUGUCACUGUACAUGCGGGGGGAGGGGGGUGCUGGAGAUGUGGGCAGGAGAAUGGGUAUAAAAAGGUAGGACUGAGAGGAGGUGAAGAGAAACAACAGAUAGCAGAGAGAAGAGGAAGUAAAGAGGAUCCACAGACCAAAGAGGCUGAUCACUACACCUGCUCUCAGAAAGAAGACAGAGGGAGGGAGGAAGAGGAGACCAAACGCCCCGAGGAAGAAGUAAACCCCAGAGAUGAGCAGAGAGGCCCCCGCGGGAAGCACCCUAUCUGUCCCCACUGCCGUGGCAGGACCUAGCAGUCCCAAGAAGGGACCCCCCAAGUUCAAGCAGAGGACCACUCGCACCUUUAAGAGCAAGGCCCCGAAGCCUGGACAGAAAGGGUUUGGAGAUGACAUCCCAGGAAUGGAGGGUCUCGGCACAGAUAUCACUGUCAUCUGUCCCUGGGAAGCCUUCGGUGACAUGGAGCUCAGUGACCUGGCCAAAUUCGGCAUCAUCUGAACCUCCUUCUUCUACCCU